AUGAGUCAUGUCCGUGAAAGAAUAAGCGAAAGUGUGAAAGUCCGACCUCAUGAGCAGUUAAGAAUGAUUCCAUCUACAAGCAGAACCUUCUUGGUGAAUGAUCUGGCUCCGGGAAGGGACUAUGACCUGUGCAUUUUGGCUGUCUAUGAUGAUGGGAUUACUUCAAUGACUGGCACUAGAGUGGUGGGCUGCGUCCAAUUCACAACUGAACAAGAAUACACCCAAUGCCAUUCAGUACACACCCAGUUCCUUGGUGGGACCAUGAUCAUCAUCAUUGGCGGCAUCAUUGUGGCCUCUGUGUUGGUUUUCAUCAUCAUCCUUAUGAUCAGGUACAAAGUCUACAAUAACACUGGGGAACACAAGACUGUGGUGAGCAACAUGUGCUCACAGACCAAUGGAGGUCAGAAUGGAGGAAUGACACAGUCCAGCUCCAAGCUCACCGAAGGUUCAGAGCCACAGCUACCCAAGGAGGGCACGGACUAAGGCAAAUCUGACUGGCAGUGGGCAGAAUUUGAACUCUGAUGACACUGUCUUG